AUGUCGCCAGCCAUGUGGAAAUGGACUUGCCUGGUUUCUCACCUCCUGCUAUCCACCACAGUGUCGCCUCUUGGGAGGCAGCAGCCACUCCACCCAAAGAGGUCCUUCAUCACUUUCACGGGCGACCAAGCAGAGGGGAACUUCAACCACUUGGUGGUUGAUGAAAGAACUGGGCAUAUCUACUUGGGAGCUGUCAACAGGAUCUACAAACUCUCCAGUGACCUGAAGGUCCUGGUGACCCACCAGACUGGUCCAGAUGAAGAUAAUCCCAAGUGUUACCCACCCAGGAUAGUCCAAACCUGCAACGAACCCUUGACGCCCACUAACAAUAUAAACAAAAUGCUCCUCAUAGACUACAAGGAGAAUCGAUUGAUAGCCUGUGGGAGUCUUUACCAGGGCAUCUGCAAGCUUUUGAGGCUGGAUGACCUCUUCAAGCUGGGAGAGCCCUUCCACAAGAAGGAGCAUUAUCUCUCUGGAGUGAACGAGAGUGGCUCUGUUUUUGGAGUCAUUGUUUCUUACAGCAACAUGGAUGACAAGUUGUUCAUUGCCACUGCUGUGGAUGGCAAACCUGAGUAUUUCCCAACUAUUUCCAGCAGAAAGCUCACCAAGAACUCCGAGGCAGAUGGGAUGUUUGCGUAUGUCUUUCAUGAUGAGUUUGUGGCCUCUAUGAUCAAGAUCCCCUCAGACACUUUUACCAUCAUCCCCGACUUCGAUAUCUACUACAUCUACGGCUUCAGCAGUGGUAACUUUGUGUAUUUUCUAACUCUGCAGCCUGAGAUGAUCUCACCACCUGGUUCCACCACGAAGGAGCAGGUUUAUACCUCCAAGCUGGUCCGGCUUUGUAAGGAGGACACAGCCUUUAACUCCUAUGUUGAGGUGCCCAUUGGCUGUGAGAAGAACGGGGUGGAAUACCGGUUGCUCCAAGCAGCCUAUUUGUCUAAGGCUGGAGCCAUCUUAGCGAGGUCGUUGGGUGUUGGCCCUGAGGAUGAUAUCCUCUUCACGGUCUUCUCCAAGGGGCAGAAAAGGAAGAUGAAGUCCUUGGAUGAAUCCGCUCUUUGCAUCUUUGUCUUGAAAAAGAUCAACGAUCGCAUCAAGGACAGACUGCAGUCCUGCUACAGGGGAGAGGGGACGUUGGACCUGGCCUGGCUCAAAGUCAAGGAUAUUCCCUGUAGCAGUGCGCUGUUAACAAUUGAUGACAAUUUCUGUGGCUUGGAUAUGAAUGCCCCCUUGGGAGUAUCAUCCAUGGUACGAGGGCUCCCCAUUUUCACCGAGGAUGGAGACAGAAUGACGUCUGUGAUUGCCUACGUCUACAAGAACCACUCCCUGGCUUUUGUGGGCACCAAGAGUGGGAAGCUCAAGAAG